CGCUGGCCGAGGGGCGGGGUCUCGGCUAUCUGAGCCCAGAGUGGACAUGGUGACCGGGCGGAUCGCGGUUGUGCUGGCCGCCCUUGGAAUGCUUGGUGUCUGUGUAGCCAGAGGCCAUGGGCCUGCGCGGGUGGAGGAGACAAGCGGGGAGGCGGAAUGGGCGGAGCCGUGGGAUGGCGCCGUUUUCAGGACGCCUUCAGCGCUGGGUGCGGUGGGGGUGGCGCAUAGCCCGGGAACCCCGCGGUCAGAAAGGGAGGAGGAGGCGGACUUGCCGGUGUUACUGUGGUGGAGCCCGGGGCUGUUUCCCCACUUUCCUGGGGACUCUGAGCGUAUCGAGUGCGCGCGCGGCGCGUGCGUGGCAUCCCGGGACCGACGGGUGCGGGGGCACGUACGGACGCGCGCACUGCUCUUCUACGGGACUGACUUUCGCGCGUCGGAGGCGCCCCUGCCGCGCCUGCCGCACCAGAACUGGGCACUUCUACACGAGGAGUCACCUCUCAAUAAUUUCUUGCUGAGCCACGGCCCGGGCAUCCGUCUCUUCAAUCUUACUGCCACGUUCAGCCGCCACUCGGACUACCCACUGUCCCUACAGUGGCUACCUGGGACCGCUUAUCUGCGCCACGCUGCGCCUCCACUCUGGGAACGCGCGGAGUGGCGCCGCCGAGGCUACGCGCCUCUGCUGUAUCUGCAGUCCCAUUGCGACGUGCCCGCGGACCGGGACCGCUACGUGCGUGAGCUUAUGCGCUACAUCCCGGUCGACUCUUACGGGAAAUGCCUACAAAAUCGGGAGCUGCCAACUUCAAGGCUACAGGACACAGCCACUGCCACCACUGAGGAUUCAGAGCUCUUGGCCUUCUUGUCCCGCUACAAGUUCCAUCUGGCCCUCGAAAAUGCCAUCUGUGACGAUUACAUGACAGAAAAACUGUGGCGCCCCAUGCACUUGGGUGCUGUGCCUGUUUACCGCGGCUCUCCCUCCGUGAGGGACUGGAUGCCCAACAAUCACUCCAUCAUCCUCAUCGAUGACUUCGAGUCACCUCAGAAGCUGGCAGAAUUUAUUGAUUUUCUGGACAAAAAUGAUGAGGAAUAUAUGAAAUAUCUGGCCUACAAGCAACCAGGGGGCAUUACCAACCAAUUCCUCCUGGAUAGUCUGAAGCAUAGGGAAUGGGGAGUGAAUGACCCUUCACUGCCCAACUACCUCAAUGGCUUUGAGUGUUUCGUCUGUGACCACGAAUUGGCCAGGCUGGAUGCUGAGAAAGCCCAGGCAGCCUCUCCAGAGGACAUCCCUGUCCCUGAACCUCACAUUGCCCAGCCAUCACAUAUGGACUGCCCAGUGCCCACGCCUGGCUUUGGCAGUGUAGAAGAGAUUCCUGAGAAUGACAGCUGGAAGGAAAUGUGGCUGCAAGAUUAUUGGCAAGGACUGGACCAGGGGGAAGCUCUCACUGCUAUGAUCCACAACAAUGAGACCCAAGAGAGGAAGUUUUGGGAUUACCUACAUGACAUCUUCAUGAAACGGAACCAAAAUCUCUGAUUAUCCUUGUGAAAGCCUUUAACUUGAUAAGAGCUAAGGAGAUGGAAAUUCUUAUUCCAUCCUGGAACUUGAUGGGGAUCACCUGCACAAACUGGCAAUGAACAGUCUUACCAUGAAUAUAAGAAUUUCAAUUAUAAUUAUGUAUAGCUAGUUUCAACGUAUGGUGAUCAGGCUUCUCAAAGAAAGAUGGAGGCAUGCAAGUUUUGGUUUUAGUGGGAAACAGAAUCCUGAAACAUUCAUUUGAUUCAGAUGCUUACCCAACAUAAUUUCUAAAGAACUAUUUAUUUCUCUAGCCAUUUUAUCCUCCAUAUCAAGUAUACACAUACACACAGGUGACAUAUAUACACAAGUAUAUUUAAAUGCUUUUGAAAUGUUAAAAGGCCAGUGUUAAUAAAAAUGUGGAUUUUAAUAGUUCCUUGUUCUUUUCUGUAUGCCUAAUGAUCUCCUCACUCUAUUUCAUUAUAGGUAUAUGCUACAAAAAUCUUUAUUUUCCUGGAGAAUCAUGAAAAUUACAGUGGGGAAAAAACAGUUCAAUAAUAUAGCUCUAAACAUCAUCUCAUAUUCUGUAGCACUCUUCACUUUAAGUGAGAUGAUUAUCCCAACUUUAUUCACUCAAAUUACAGAUAUCUUUUAGUAUAACAAACUUUAUAGUAUAUACGGAGACUACAUUUGAGUGGAGUUCAUCCUAAGCGCAAGAAAUUAAGGAGCACUGUAAUGGCUGGCUAAAUAAAAAGUUGUGCUAGUCAAAUUUGGAAAUGUAGCUGUGGUCUGAAUGCACCUAAAUGGGCAGGAAGACAACUGGCUUUUUAUAGGCUAGUGGAACAAGAAAGAAUACCUUUGACCUUAGAGAGACCUAGUUGUUAAUUUUGUAUUGAUGAAUUAUCAACUCUAGGAGUUCCAUAACUUUUUACUAUAUCUGGCUAUAAAUUUGUGUGUAUGUGUGUAUAUAUAUAUAUAUAUGCUAGCUACAUAUAUUUUUUAAUUUUUAUUCUUUAAAAAAG